UUUAUCUAAAAUAUUUGAGUUUUCCUCUGUCACAAAAGUGAGCGAAAUAAAUAUCCAGGAACCUGGAACUUCCCAUUUGUCUCACUUGCAUCCCAAUAAAUUUUGGGCUAGUGAUAACUUUUCAAAUCUCAUUCAGUAUGAUAUGGAAGGAAAUAUCUUAUGUAAAAUAUCCACCAGUGUGCCGUAUAUGCAAGGUAACCACACAGUAACAACAGAGGAGAACUUCUUUACACAGAUAUAAAAAAAAAAACAUUGUGUACAAAGUAACUAGUGACAAGUCCAUCAACAAACUACUUCAGACAGGGAAAUGGAGACCUGGAGCCAUCUACUCCUCUCCUAUCAAUGGACACAUACUGGUUGGGAUGAAGAGAAAGUCAGACCAUACAAACAAAAUAACCAGAUACAAAAGAGAAGGGAGGAAGUUACUAGACAUACAGUGGGAUGAAAAAGGACAAAGUCUUUACCAAAGCAUACGCUAUAUCACAGAGAACAUCAAUGGUGACAUCUGUACAUCAGACUAUAAUGCCAGUAAGGUGGUGGUGGUGACUGCAUCAGGGGAGUACCGCUUCUCUUACUCUGGUCACCACUCUCAGUCUGGAUUCUGUCCCUAUGGAAUCUGUACAGAUGUUCUUGGACACAUUUUAGUGUGUAAUAACUAUUUUACAUUUAAUGAGAACUGCUUUAGUGUCCACCUGCUAGACAUUAAUGGUCAUUUCCGGUCCAUCCUUAUCACACAAGAUCAAUGUCCUAAAUAUCCAUGUGCUCUCUGUAUUGAUCAUCAAUACAAUUUCUGGAUUGGGGGAUGGGAAUGUUCUACCGUCUCUGUGUACAAAUAUUUGCAGAAAACAGAAAAAUGAUAUUUCAUUUACUGUAUUAUGUUUAUGCUUAAUCUGUUUGUGUAACAAACAAUUUCUCCUAGUUAGACAGACAUACAUGCAUGAGAAAUAAAUGAUUAACAACAAAGCUUAAUAAGUUUACUGGAAAAUGAAUUUAGUUUAAUACAUGUUUAAAUCCCAGAUUCAACCCAUUUGAUAAUUAAGUGACCUUGUUGUUGAUUGCCUAUAUUUACAUUUGAGUCCAAUAUGACACAAAUAAAAAUCUAGAUUACUAGGCUGUGCCACACAAGUUUUAAGUUCACCUACCUCCAGCAUUUGAUUGUUAUGAAUAAUAUUUGCAAUGAAAUUCCAGAAUUUGUAAUAUACACAUGUAUUAUAGUGUUUUCCCCCAAAUAAUCAUUAUACUGUAGAUUGAAGUACUUUUUUCCGUGUGGUAUAAAUUUACACUAUGUACGCGAUUACAAA